GGCCAGGAAGCUUAGAAAGGGAGCGGGGCCAGCGCUGGAGGAGCCUUUCCUUUCCACACCGGGCGCGCUCGGUUGCGUGGCGGAACUUGGGCUCGGACGGAGAAGCGGUCGGGAGGCGGCGGGAGGAGGAGGUGGAAAAUGGCGCUGACUCAGGGAACCAAACGGAAAGUCUGCUACUACUACGACGGGGACAUUGGGAACUACUAUUAUGGUCAAGGCCACCCUAUGAAACCCCACAGAAUCAGGAUGACGCACAACCUCCUCCUCAACUAUGGCCUUUACAGAAAGAUGGAAAUCUAUCGCCCUUACAAAGCAAGUGCUGAAGAAAUGACCAAAUACCACAGUGACGACUACAUCAAAUUUCUGCGGUCAAUUCGCCCAGACAACAUGUCCGAAUACAGCAAGCAGAUGCAACGGUUCAAUGUUGGAGAAGACUGCCCUGUAUUUGAUGGCUUGUUUGAAUUCUGUCAACUUUCUACAGGAGGCUCUGUUGCCAGCGCAGUGAAGUUGAACAAGCAGCAGACGGACAUUGCCGUGAACUGGGCAGGCGGUUUGCAUCACGCCAAGAAGUCCGAGGCCUCUGGCUUCUGCUACGUCAAUGACAUCGUCCUAGCCAUUUUGGAGCUGCUCAAGUACCACCAGCGGGUCCUGUAUGUUGACAUAGACAUCCAUCACGGCGAUGGCGUGGAGGAGGCCUUCUACACCACAGACCGCGUCAUGACGGCAUCUUUUCAUAAGUAUGGAGAAUACUUCCCAGGAACUGGGGACCUUCGGGACAUUGGUGCAGGCAAAGGAAAAUAUUAUGCUGUCAACUACCCUCUCCGGGAUGGAAUAGACGAUGAGUCCUAUGAAGCCAUCUUCAAGCCAGUUAUGUCUAAAGUGAUGGAGACAUUCCAGCCUAGUGCUGUUGCCUUGCAGUGUGGGUCGGAUUCUUUAUCAGGGGACAGGCUGGGGUGUUUUAAUCUGACCAUUAAAGGUCAUGCCAAGUGUGUGGAGUUCAUCAAAAGCUUUAACUUGCCCAUGCUGAUGCUUGGAGGUGGAGGCUACACAAUUCGCAACGUGGCCAGGUGCUGGACAUACGAGACUGCUGUGGCACUGAACACAGAGAUCCCAAAUGAGCUUCCCUACAAUGAUUACUUUGAAUACUUUGGCCCAGACUUCAAGCUCCACAUCAGUCCCUCCAACAUGACCAACCAAAACACCAACGAAUACCUGGAGAAGAUUAAGCAACGCCUCUUUGAGAACCUGAGGAUGCUCCCCCAUGCUCCUGGCGUCCAGAUGCAGCCAAUCCCAGAGGAUGCUGUGCCGGAGGAUAGUGGAGAGGAAGACGAGGAAGAUCCCGACAAACGGAUUUCCAUCCGCUCCUCAGACAAGAGAAUAGCUUGUGAGGAAGAAUUCUCCGACUCUGAAGAUGAAGGGGAAGGUGGACGCAAAAACGUGGCAAACUUCAAGAAGGCCAAACGGGUGAAAACUGAAGAGGAGGAGAAGGAGGAAGAGAAAAAAGGUGAAGAAGUCAAAGAGGAGGAGAAGGCCAAAGAGGAGAUGGCAGAGCCCAAGGGGGUAAAGGAAGAGACGAAAUCCACUUAAGAGGCUGACAGAUGGGGAGCAGAGGUUCCCAGGUUUCCUGCUCCCCCUCCCCUUCUGUUCCUUCAGAAUUUGUAUUUUAUAUGUUUCUGUAGAUAUUCCUAUAUAAAUAUAUUGGGAAGGGGGAGCUGAAGAGAGACCUGGGCAGCAUUUCCUUCUGCCCUUCACUGGAUAAGCCAUGGGGAGGAUUCUGCUCAGCACCAAGAGAGAGAGAGAGAGAGAGAGAGAACCUUAAUCUCCUGUUCCUGCCACUGCUUCAUUGGAACGUGUUCUUGUUUUUGUUUUUAGGGGGGAGGGAACCCCCAGAUUCACUUAGUUUCUCCUGCACUUUCUCUCCUUUUGAAAUGAUGAAGCUCGCCUUUGAGAAUUCUGUGGUCUGGGAGUUUGGUUUGCUCUCUUUUCUUGAAUAGGUUUUUGAGGUGUGGAUACAGCCAUAAAACUUUGGGAAACUUGGGGUGCGGGGUGGGGGAGGGUGUGCAUUAGUGGUGGAGCUUGGAGUUCUAAUUGUCAGUGCCCAUGAACGAAUCCUCAGUUUGGGCAGCUGUAAUCAGACGCUGCCUCUUAGCAUUCCAGCACCUGGUUUGUGCAGGGAAGCAGGUGUUGUAAGGGCACAGGGUGGGUGAGCUAAUAGGCUUGGGCAAGGAGGAGAUUGUAGGAGGGGUGACCCUGGACCUAUCACUUCCCUUGGAUUCCGAGGAGGAAUAAGCAUUUUCUUCAAGGAAGGAGUCUUGACUGUGGAUCUCUCCUGAAUCUGUGCCUCUUGUGCCAGCAGGACAUGGCUCUUCCGCAGGGCACUCUCCCAGUCUCUCCUGGCUUUUUCAUCAGCUCAGAAAGCCCCAUAAUGUGUAUUUGGGCGUGACAAACAAGUUCGUGAGAGACAGCGCUCCGGCAAGGUCGCUUUCUGGUCUGUUUAAAAUAGCACCAUGUUCAUUUGAUAUUUGGAAAAGGGGCAGCUUGCAGAAGCCAGCAAGUGAACCUUGAGCCUUUCAGGGUGGGCACAGUGUUGGGCAGCGUCCUUUCAAAAAGUGCCAUGAUACGGGCUAGCCCGAGCGAUGCUGCUACCUUGGCCAUAUCACCCUCUAGGGGAAGGGGGAGAGGGGUUUUAUUUUUUUAAGCCACCGGUUUACCUGGUUUUUAAAGGCUCUUGGGCGCAAGUUCCUCACAGAUCUUCCUGCUCUUUGAUAACUUGUAUUUGGUGAAAUGAAAAGAUCAUUGUAUUUGUGGGGGGAGGGGGAGGGGAAGAUAUAUAUAUUGUGGUUUUUUUUAAAGAAACUUUUUAUUUUCGUUUUCUUGGAGAAAGAAAAAAAUCUUUGUAAUAAAAUCGGUCUGUAUCUCUG